GCUGAAGGAUUGGAAUGUUUUGCUUUCUUUUGCGGGUUGGUUUUGGCUUGAGGUUGAUUGAUAAUAGUGACAUUCGCCAUUUCUCUUAUUUCUCUACAAAUAGCAAUGUUUGCUCACUGACUAUGUAAAUUAUUUCAGGUUUUUUGUCUUUAUCUGGAAGAAACUGCAGUCCUCUCUCUCCCUCUCUCUUUUCUCUUUUUUCUUUUCCUUUUCGUCAUGUAGAUUUUUGUUUACUUCGAUUUCUGAAGCUGCUAGACGUUGCUUGGAAUCAGUAGUUUGUGUAAGAGUUGGGGAAAUCUUUAGAUCUGUGAACUUUCCUGUUUUGACUUCAAUUCAUGUGCUCUAUUUUUGUUUAAAUCUUAAAAGAUUGCUCAAUGUGGUAAUAUAAGGGGUGAACUAGGGGAAAAUAUGACCAAUUUUUUGUUUGAUUAUCUAUAGGUAGAUGAGAGAGUUAGGUAUGCGAGGAUGCUGUUUCUGAUAAAUAAAUAUAAAAUAACUUGGGAACUGUGGAUGUUCACGUUUUCAGUGCUUGCUGUAGUAUGGGAUCCAGCUUGGAGCUCGGAAGGAGUUCAAGCCAUCGACAUAGCUCAAGGAUUGGGAAGGAGGUGGCCGUGUUGCCCCAAUCAAAACGGUGUCCAUGUCCAACAGGACAAGAGCAGUUAAAGAUGAAAGGUUCUGUUCGACCACGUACCGAUUUAUAUUUUGUGUCAACGAAGGGAACCAACAUUGCUCGGGAAAAAUCUUCUAUGUACUGGCAGGGCAAGAGCGUUGAAGGGAGUUCAAUUGGAGAAGACGAGCUUGUUAGGCAUAUGUCGAACCUGCCAGGUUAUCUCCUUCGUGCAGAGAGAGGUGAAAAUCUCCAAGGGAAGGCUUUGAAUGUUGGGGUUCUAGAUUGGACGCGACUCGAGAAUUGGAAACACAAACAGACGCGUUGUCCAACCAAAGGUAAAGAUGAUGCAGUGUGCAGUGGGAGUAAUUUAUCAUUAAAACAGACGACUGGACUGCCUACUUUCCCUCGUGUAACUCACAGUGAAAGAUCAGAUAAAUCACACUUUUCACUUCGGUCUGGUUUGAUCCCAUCACUUAAGGAGGAGCGUUCUCAUUGUGUCACCUCUGUCCGGAAUGCCAGUCGUUCCCUAGAUUUUGAUAGUGUUUCAAAGAGUUCAAUCAAGGGGGGGCAAAGAAUACAAAGGACUUGUACAUCAUCCUCAUCGGGGGGAAAUGAUUCAAACAUGGUGUAUGAAAGAGAAAGGACAAAGCGUUCUGAUCGGAAGAUGAGUUCAGAAAUGGUGGAUUUUUCCUCUCCCAUAAGACAUUCAGGAGUGUCACCUUGUCCUAAAAGUACACAUGUUUUGGGUGGCAAAACAAAUCAUAGGAAAGAGAAGCCCAUUGGAACAAAUAUCCAGAAAAAAUCAGACGAGAGGAUGGCUUUAGGAAUAGGAGAGAGACCAUCAAAAUCGACUUUUGAGACAUCAUCUGGUUUGAUGAACAAUAGUAUUGAGAAGCCCGUUGAGACAAAUAUCCAGAGAAAAGAAGCAAAUGAGAAAAUGGUUUUAGGAAGAGGAGAGAUGCCAUCAAAAUCGAGUUAUGACAUAUCACUUGCUUCGAAGGAUCAUAUUAAUGCUGAAAAUUAUGGAACAAAGAAGAGGGAGGGGAAGAAGUGCACAGAUGCUGAUCUCCCUUACAAUUAUUUCAAUUACCAGCAAGAUGUCAAUCCCCUACUUAAACCGAAGCCAAAGGAUUUAGACGAACGAUUUCUGCCCUUCAAUUCCAGAACAUCAUUUGAUGAGAACAUGACAGAUGUGAAUUCGUGUACUUAUUCAGAGAUAUUUUCUCCAGAGGAUAUUCUCUCGUCUGAAUGUGGUUCAGACAUUCCAUACUCAUGUCCGUUGCCUUCUUUAGCUGACGUUGAACCCAUGAGGGGCAGAAUGCAAGAUUCUAUGGUCUGUGAUACUAGUGCAGAACUUUCAUGUUCUUCAUCCCAAGUUCCCCCUUACUCAAAUCAGAAGCCAAGUUUAAGUCCUGGAGGUAAAAGAAUAGAAAAGGGGUCCCCAGUUAUUAAGCCUAACCUUUCCGACGACCUUGUUGAUACUCUUGAGAGAUCGGAUGAUAAAACCCCUGAUUCAGGAGCUAGAAAAGGUAGGCAUCCUUCACCAAUUCGACGUUUGAGCUUCAGCUUAGGACGGAUGGGGAGAAGUUUCAGUUUUAAGGAGAGCUCGACGGUACCACAGUUAAGUUCCGCGCACACUAUUCCAAAAUCUGGUCCAGUGAUUUCUGAAAAUGCUGGUUGCUCAGACAAUUCAGAUAGAAAGAAGGUAAAUGGACAUAACAGAACUAGGUCUAGCCCUUUAAGAAGACUGAUAGAGCCAAUACUGAAGCAUAAAUCCUCAAAUUCUCACCAUCCUAUUGAAGGAAACGUCAACUCAGUAAGCCUUUGGCCAACUGGUCUUGGCAGCACUCACCAAAAGAAGCAUAAUGAGUCCCCAAUGCAAGCCCUCUUACAGUUUACGAUGAAGAAUGGUUUUCCCUUGUUUAAAUUAUUGGUGGAUAACAACAGAAAUAUUCUUGCAGCCACUGCUAAAGAUUUAACCCCGUCUGGGAAGAAUGAAUCAGGGCAGAACUAUACAUUCUACCUAGUUAAUGAAAUAAAAAGAAAGACCGGUGGUUGGAUACGACCAGGGCAUAGAGAUAGAAGUUAUGGCUAUGCCUACAAUGUCAUUGGGCAGAUGAAAGUGAAUUCUGAUUGUAAAUCGACUGAACACAACAAUGGUAAAUAUAUAAUAAGAGAAUCUGUACUGUUUGGUGUUGAGAUGAGACCGGGAGAUCGUGAAUCAGCAAUCAUAGUGAAAAACAGAGAACUUGCAGCCAUUGUUCUAAAGAUUCCUACCGAAAACUCGAAACAUGAUGGGCGACAAAGUGGUAACGUUCUGAUAGAGAGCUGCAUGAAGUCUUUGUCUGAGGAUAAUGCUGUAAUAAUACUUCCGGGUGCUGUUCAUGGAUCACCAAGCAGCGGAGAGCCUUCGCCAUUGAUCAAUAGAUGGAGAUCUGGUGGAGUUUGUGACUGUGGUGGUUGGGACGUUGGCUGCAAACUGCGUAUACUUUCCAUUCCAGACAAACUAAUUACAUCCAAGGCGUGUCCGAUCACCAAAUGCCUCGAACUUCAUGUGCAGGGAGACGAAGAAGAUAAACCCGUGUUCAGUAUGACACCCUUAAAGGGAGGGUUCUUUGAAGUUCGUUUCGAUUCAUCGAUCUCUAUGUUACAGGCAUUUUUCAUCUGUGUUGCAGUUUUAAAUGGGCAGAAACCAGAAGAUCCCUCAGAAGCAAGCAAGUUUGCACCUGAGGAAAAAAUGAUGAAGUUUCCCAAUUCUACUGGAAUUGACACAGUCCGUGAAAAACAGCUUGCUAGCAUUAGAUAUGCCUCAAACCCGCCUCUCUCUCCCGUUGGAAGGGUAUAACUAGUCUGCUCUUUGUUACUACCAAGCAACUGAAGAUUCUUCCUUUGCAGUGGAGCUGAAUAUUGUCCCUUCUUUACCGUUCAUCCUCCAUUUUGAAUAGUCUGUAGUGCCUUGGACAAGCGACCAAGUAAUUUUGCGCUACCAUCCUUGUAUAAAGAAAAUAACAUCUGAGCAUAUAUAGAGUGGAGAUAUUAGACAUUGUUACACAA